AUGGUUUCCUUCAAGGUCGCACUGGGACUCUGCGUCUUCCUGCCGUGCAUCCGCCUUGCUUCCGCUCAGGCGCAAGAAUGGGGUCAGUGCGGUGGUAUUGGUUGGACCGGGCCGACGACUUGCGUAUCUGGAACGACCUGCGUCAAACAGAACGAUUACUUCUCCCAGUGUCUAGCUUCGACAAGUUCUGUGCCUACGACGACGGUCACAACGCACACUUCGACGACAACUACGGGCACCGCCCCGAGUGGAUUGAGCUCAAUCCCGGCCUCGACGCUGCACCAGAUUACCAACUUCGGCACGAACCCGAACAAUGUUGGGAUGUACGUGUACAAGCCCGCACGUGUCGCGUCCAAGCCAGCUCUGAUUGUCGCGAGCCACUACUGCUCGGGCACCGCGCAGGCAUACUACACAGGCUCCAAGUUUGCUCAGCUUUCCGAGACAUACGGCUAUGUCGUGCUCUACCCCUCGUCUCCUCACUCCGGAACCUGCUGGGACGUCUCCUCCAACGCGACGCUCACGCACAACGGUGGAUCCGACACUUUGGGUAUUGCCUCCGCCGUUCGCUACGCAAUCGCCAAUUGGGGAGUCGAUUCGUCGCGCGUCUUCGCGGUCGGCACCUCCUCGGGCGCGAUGCUCACGAACGUGCUUGCGGGCGCGUACCCCGACCUCUUCAAGGCCGGCAUCGUUGACUCUGGCGUCCCCGACGGGUGUUUCUCUCUCCCGGGGCAACCGCAAGACAGCUGGAACUCCCAGUGCGCCCAGGGCCAGCUCGUACUCACCGGCGCUCAGUGGGCGCAGCGCGUGUACGCCGCAUACCCCGGUUACACUGGGGAUCGCCCCAAGAUGCAAGUCUGGCACGGGACCGCGGACACCACGCUGUACCCCCAGAACUUCUACGAAACCGUGAAGCAGUGGACGACGGUGUUCGGGUACUCGAGCACGCCCAGCUCGAACGUGACCGAGUCCUAUCUGCCGAGUGGGUAUCACAAUGCGACUUUCGGGCCGAAGUUCCAGGCCAUCCUCGCGCAGAACGUUGGCCACACGGUGCCGCUCUUUGAGACGCAGUACUUGCAGUUCUUGGGUAUUGCUUGA